GGGGUGUUGCUGACACUGUGCCCGGUUGCUGUAGUGCAGCCAGUGGCUCUGGGACGAUGCUGAGCGGCGCGAUGUGCCCCCUCUGCCUGGAUUGCUACCGGAACCCAGUGAAGAGCCCGUGCGGCCACAGUUUCUGCAGGGGCUGCCUGCUUCAGGGUCAGGGUCAGGGUCAGGGUCAGCUGCUCUGCCCCCAGUGUCAGCAGGAGUUCACCCAGGCCAGCGUCCGCCCUGCCAGGAGCCUCAGGAGGAAAGCAGAAAGGGCUCGGAUACAGCUCAGCCGCCUGACCGAGGACCAGGCUCCAUCAGCGGCACAGGGAGCGGGCGGCUGCAGCGUCCAAUCGAGCAGUUCCAUGAAGGAGGUGGCCGGGCUCUAUAAGGAGAUGCUGAGGAAUAAACUGGGUUCCCUUCAGAAACAGAAGGAGCACCUUGACCAGUGCCGAGGCGUAGAGGCAGCCAACCGGGUGGAACUGAAGAAAUAUGUCAAAGAUCUCCGGGAGAAUAUCACCUCGGAGUUUGCGGAAUUGCAGCAGUUUCUCAGGAGAGAAGAGGCCACCUUGUUAGCGAGACUGGAAGAAAAGCAGAAGCUGGUGUCACGAGAAAUAGAGGACAAUAUGAUAAAGAUUUCGCGAGACUUGGCCUCCAUUAAUCAAACGAUAAGCAAAGUAGAGAGCUUGCUGGAUCUGCAAGAGAUGGAACUGCUGCAGGAUAUGAGGUCCAAUGUCAAAUGGUCUAGAAUCGGAUAUCAGGGUCCCAAAACGCUUUCUGUUUCUCUGGCCCUGGGAGAGUUCAAUGGGCCUCUGCAGUACGCAGUGUGGAGACGGAUGCUGAAGGAAAUCAAGACAGUUCCAGCGCCUCUGGUCUUCGAUCCCAAGACGGCCCACCCCCACCUCACCCUGUCGGCCGACUGCAGGAGACUGCGCGCCGCCAGCGGGAGACAGCAGACCCGGCGCCCGCACACCUUCGGUCGCUGCCUCUGCGCCCUGGCCUCGGAGGGAUUCGCUUCGGGGACGGCCUACUGGGAGGUGAAGGUGAGGGCCAACUGGGAGUGGGUGCUCGGCGUGGCCCCGCAAGCCGUCAUCGGGCCGAAGGGCCCCCAGGCGGAGGUCCGUGUCUGGGCCCUGAGGAGGUCGGGUGAGGAAUACUCGGCCCUCACCUCGCCCCACACCCCCCUGCACCUCAGCGUCAAGCCCCAGAGGAUCGGUCUCUUCCUGGAUUACCAGGCCGGACAGCUGUCCUUCUACAAUGCCGAUGACAUGUCCCAUCUCUACACUUUCACCGACACCUUCAGCGAGGAGCUCUACCCUUAUUUCUACACUGGCUGCAAAAUGGACCCGCUGAAACUGGUCAGCUCGCGUUUUUAAGGAGCAGGGAGGGAGUGCCGUGGCCCAACUGCAUUUUCCCACUUUACAGAGAAACAGAAGAGAGCUGUUCAUCACAUCAUAGAGAUGUACAGCACGGAAACAGACCCUUCGGUCCAACCCGUCCAUCUAAUCUAGUCCCAUUUGUCAGCA